AUGAUCCUUAAGAGUGGUACUGACCAGGCCUGUGCCGCAUGCAAGUAUCAAAGAAGAAGGUGCACUUCUGAUUGCUCUCUUGCACCACAUUUCCCUGUUGAUCAGCCCAAAAUGUUUCAAAAUGCACAUAAGCUUUUCGGGGUGAAAAACAUAUUGAAAAUAUUAAAACAUCUCGACCCGACUCAAAGAGUUAUGGCCAUGAAGUCGAUUAAAUACCAAGCGAACAUGCGAGACAGGUUCCCGGUUUAUGGAUGUCUCGUAGAGAUACAACAACUCUAUUGCCAAAUCCAAGCAGGUGAAGAGGAGCUUCAGGCUGUUCUUGCACAACUUUCAUUUUGUCGACAGAAUCAUCAUCAACUGGAGAAAGAGAUCUCAUUGACCGAUGAGCCUCCGGCGCAGUUAAAAUUAGGAGUUGGAGUUGCACCUCCAGAGUAUCCCAUUUCACUUCUCCAUCAAGAAUUUCCCCAAUCCUAUAAUGCUGUGACAGCAUUGCCUAUUGCACCACAGUCCUAUUCUGAUAAUGGCAAUCCUGAUUACAACAUUAAUAUUUUGGAUUCCAAGGAAGAUAAUGUGGGAUGGGGGAAUGUAAACACCGGUGAGUGUAGUAUGGAAAAUUUGGAGCAAGAAAAUUCAGCCGGUGAUGGUGGGAGCACCGACUCCUCAUCGUUGCUGAUCCUAGACGUCACAACAGCGUUCUUCAGCCUCUGA